UAACACAACCACCACCACCACCACCACCCCUCUCCCCACACCAUGUCCCCUCCUCGCCGGCCACGCUCGCCGCGUGCUUUUUAAAUUCCCAUCACCAGCCUCCACACGUCGUUUCCUCUUUGGCCGGGAGAUGAUGGACAGCAGGAUACUGGACCCACCUCACGCGCAGUUCGGAGGCUCCCUCGGCGGGAUGGUGAGCUUCCCCUACCACCUGAGCCACCAUCCCGUCUACGAGCUGGCCGGCCAUCAGCUGCAGUCGGCGGCCGCCGCCGUCCCUUUCUCCAUAGACGGAUUACUCAACGGCUCGUGCACGGCGUCCGUAGUCAACACCAACCCGCUGCUGUCCACUGGCUGCGGGAUGAAUGGAGACAGCCAGCAGUACAAGCUGACAGAUUCUGGAGAUCCAGAGAAGGACAGUCCAGGCUGUAAGAGAAGAAGAACUCGCACAAAUUUCACUGGCUGGCAGUUGGAGGAAUUAGAGAAGGCUUUUAAUGAGAGUCACUACCCAGAUGUGUUCAUGAGGGAGGCUCUGGCUCUGAGGCUGGACUUGAUAGAAUCCAGAGUGCAGGUUUGGUUCCAGAACCGCAGGGCCAAAUGGCGCAAGAAAGAGAACACGAAGAAAGGCCCGGGGCGGCCGGCGCACAACUCCCACCCGACCACGUGCAGCGGCGAGCCCAUGGACGCGGAGGAGAUCGCGAGGCGCGAGCGCGAGAGGCUGGAGAAGAAGAAGCGCAAGCAGGAGCGGCGGCUGCUCCGCGCGCAGGGCAAGCUGGUGCCGGCUGACCUCUUCCAUACGCCCGGCUCGGACAGCGACAGCGGCGUGUCGCAGAUUACGGACGGCGAGCAGAGCUCGCUGCCCUGCGAAUCGAGCCGCAGCCACGCGCGGCCGGCCUGCGAGCCCGCGGCGCCCAAACUGCAGGACCAAAGAGACGCGGGCGCAGCCGAGCUGGACUCGGCCGACGGCGGCCGCCAGGCCAACCUGGGUCACGGCACCAAGCCGUCGGCUCUGCAGAAACUCAACCCGUUCAGCGUGGAGAGCCUGCUGGCGGACUCGAGGCCCAGGCGGAAGCCCGGCGUGGACUUCCCGGUGUCCCCCGCGCGGCCUCUGAUAGGCAAGGGCCACUUUCUGCUCUACCCCAUCACGCAGCCGCUCGGCUUCAUCGUCCCACAGACUGCGCUCAAAAGCCCGGCGGCGGCGGAGGCCGAGAAAGCUGCAGCCGCCGACUGCGCUGACGGUGCCGGACAUCAUCACAGGAGCAGCAGAGAGUCCGGCAGCUCAAGCCCGAAGAGCCAGAACGCGGAGGCGGGCAGAACAGCGCGCUCGCCUCAGUGCAGUCCGGCGCGCGCGGUGAAUGGCCACUCACCGGGACUGUGCGGCGAGCCGAGCGCGCAGGAGAAAGAGGCCGAGCUGAGCAGCCCCGCGUCUCCACAGCAGCCCGAGAGGAGAGAGCCAGCGGCCUUGCUCGACUACCACAGCGCGCAGACGGCGGCCAGCAGCACGGACCAAGACAAAGACUCGGUCGAUGUCGAUAUGGGAUAA